AUGUCUAAACCGGACGACAUUCCCGAGAUGGAGUAUCGCUUCUUGGGCCGCUCAGGUCUUCAAGUAUCAGCAAUUUCCCUCGGCGGAUGGCUGACGUAUGGUGGUCAUAUCGACAGAGAGCGCACUUCCGAAUGUAUGAAAGCUGCCUAUGACUGCGGUGUCAAUUUCUUUGACUGUGCCGAGGAGUAUUCCAAUGGAGAGUCUGAGAUUGUUAUGGGUGAGGCCAUUAAGAAAUAUGGCUGGAAACGAAAUGAUGUUGUAGUCUCAACAAAGAUCUACUGGGGAGGCGCUUUUGGAGAUAACCCCGUCAACAAUAAGGGUCUAUCGCGAAAGCACAUUAUUGAGGGGAUCAACGGCGCACUCAAACGCUUGGAUCUCGAGUAUGUCGAUCUCAUUUACGCUCACCGACCUGAUCGCCAAACCCCUAUGGAGGAGAUUGUUCGCGCGUUCAACCACAUUAUAGAUCAAGGAAAGGCUUUCUACUGGGGAACUUCGAUGUGGAAUGCCGAUGAAAUAGCACAAGCAUGGCGAUAUGCUGACAAGCUCGGUCUCAUAGGCCCCGUCAUGGAGCAGCCUGCUUACAACAUGCUUGACCGUGUAAAGGUCGAACAAGAAUAUGCUCAUUUGUAUCGUGAGGUUGGCCUUGGUCUGACUGUAUUCUCACCCAUGCGGCAGGGCAUCCUCUCAGGCAAAUACAGCGACGGCAUUCCAGAGGGCUCUCGUCUGGCCAAUGAAGAUAUCCAGUGGGUGAAUGGAUUCUGGAAACGCACCGGCAAAGAUACCUGGACUGGUAUCCUCGAGCAGGUCAAGCAGCUGAAGCCCAUCGCGGAGAGGCUGGGAGUUAAGCAGAGCCAGCUGGCUUUGGCCUGGGUUCUCAGCAAUAAGAAUGUCAGCUCUGCCAUAACGGGCGCAAGUAGCCCCCAGCAGGUGUAUGAGAACGUCAAAGCCGUGGCUGUGGUGGAUAAGUUGACUCCAGAGAUCCUGAAGGAGAUAGACGAUAUUCUCAACAACAAGCCGCCUGGAGUCAUGGAGCGAUUCUAA